CGUGAGUCGCGAGAGAAGCUGUUCUCUUCUAACGGCUGUCAUACAGACAGAGAGAAGCUUGGACUAUCGAUAGCACGCAAAGGCAUAUCCAACUCUCCAGCGGUCGGACAGGCGUGUAUUUUACAAUUACACGUACAUGAACGAAUAUACUGAAGUAUAUAUUUUAAAAGAUAAGACAACGGCAAGCGACAUCUAAUAAUGUUUUUCAAUAGCAGAGUUAAGGAGACUCGUGUUGCGAGCUAGCUAUCGGUGUAGCUAAUGCUAGCUAUAUUCACCGAAAAUCGACGCUGGUGUGGGGAUUUAGUAACGUUAGGUUUGGUAACCGUUGUUAACGUUAACUAGAUAACGUUACCGUCAGUUAAAAACACUGAAAUUAAUCGAAAGACAUGAACGUUAGUUAAUUAUCGAUAGAGCGUUUAUUUUUCUAUAGAGAAUUUUUCAGACAAUAAUAUUGGAGAAUGGGCUAAGAUCCAAUAUUUUAAAUAACUGGAGUGAGGGGGUAACGGAAUAAAAACGUAUCGCCAGCUAGCUAGCUAACCUAUUAUUAGACUAGUUAACAAUAGCCAUUGUAGACGCACCGGCAAGCGAGAUCCCAGUAGUUAGCUAGCUAGCUGGCUAGCUUGCGAGACUAAAUCACAAAAAGGAAUGACGCGAAGAUGCUGCACAUAGCUUGGAUUUACUGGAACAUUUCUCUUGUUCUUUGAAGAAGGGAAGUUUGAAGGAGAAGAGGCAAUUUUGCAUGCAAAUAUUUGGAAGUCCCUUCUCUGAAUUCAUGUACAUAUUUGCUUAAAAAAAUCCUUUUUAGGUUUUAAGUUUCAUGCUCUAGGUGAGUGAGAAAGGGACAAGACAAGUAAGUUAGAGAUGGACAGAAGGGAAGGGAGGACGCAAUAGUGCUGCACAAAAACAGAUAUAGAGAGGAAAGAGAACUCAGUAGUGCUACAGAGAGCAGCAUUCCAGCAAGAAGAACGUCACCAGGAAGGAGGGACAGAAGAAAGAGGGGAAAGGUGACCACAGGAAGAGAAAGAGACGGGGACCGACAGAGAACAAGAGGGAAGGAGGGUGAGAAGGAGGGAAGGGAGGGGGACGAGUGGGACAGUACAGUCCCCAUGGCUACUGAUCCUGGAGAGCCUACAGCCACAGAGGACUCCUCUGAAAAACCUGAUGGAGAGAGGGAGAGAGAGGAGGUGUCUGAGCGAGAAAGUGGGGCAUUCACAGAGAGGGAGGAAGGGACGGGGCAAGAGGGUGUGGUGGACAGAGAGAGAGAAAGAACUCGCAGCACUCCUUCUGACUUCCCCUCUUCCCGGACGGAGAAAAGGAGAGGAGGAGAGCAAGCAGAGAAAGUGCAAGAAGGAAUGACACUUGUUGGACCCCUGUCUGUUUCCACACCAUCCUCCCCAGCUGCUCACACUAACCGGCCGAAGAGAGAGAACAAACGAUUUUUCCGGAAGAGUGUGGAGCUGUGUGAGGAGGACGAUGAGGUAGAGGGAGCAGAGAGAGUGCCACAAAGUGCCCCCACCCCGGCCCUCAGAACCUCUGACUCUGUCUUCACCAGCAGCACUCCACAGCAGGCAGCUGACACCCCCAUAUCCACGACCCUGGGCGGGGAUGGCUCCAUACAGGAUGCUGGCAAGAGCGCUCCAACCUCCUCCAGUCCCGCCCUGAAAGGCAGGGAGAGGGACCGUGAGCAGGAGGAGGAGGCAGAGAUGAAGGCAGUGGCCACCUCCCCUGGUGGCCGCUUCCUUAAGUUUGACAUUGAGCUGGGAAGGGGAGCCUUCAAGACGGUCUACAAAGGGCUGGAUACUGACACCUGGGUGGAGGUUGCCUGGUGCGAGUUACAGGACCGCAAGCUGACCAAAGCAGAGCAGCAGCGCUUUAAGGAAGAGGCAGAGAUGCUGAAGGGCCUUCAGCACCCCAACAUCGUGCGCUUCUAUGACUCCUGGGAGUCUAUCCUGAGGGGAAAGAAGUGCAUUGUCCUAGUGACUGAGCUUAUGACUUCGGGCACACUCAAAACGUACCUGAAGCGCUUUAAAGUGAUGAAGCCCAAAGUUUUGCGCAGUUGGUGUAGACAGAUCCUUAAGGGGCUGCAUUUCCUGCACACGCGGACCCCGCCCAUUGUGCACCGUGACCUCAAGUGUGAUAACAUUUUCAUCACUGGCCCCACGGGCUCUGUCAAGAUUGGAGACCUGGGGCUGGCCACGCUCAUGCGGACAUCCUUUGCCAAGAGUGUCAUUGGUACCCCUGAGUUCAUGGCUCCAGAGAUGUAUGAAGAGCACUACGACGAGUCGGUGGACGUGUACGCCUUUGGGAUGUGCAUGCUGGAGAUGGCUACCUCUGAGUACCCCUACUCUGAGUGCCAGAAUGCUGCACAGAUUUACCGUAAAGUCACCAGCGGCAUAAAACCAGCCAGUUUUGAUAAAGUCACAGAUCCAGAGGUUAAAGAGAUUAUUGAGGGGUGUAUUCGACAGAACAAGAGCCAAAGACUGUCAAUCCGGGACCUGCUGACUCAUGCAUUCUUUGGUGAAGACACUGGGGUGCGGGUUGAACUAGCGGAGGAGGACACAGGUCUCCAGGACUGCCUGGCACUACGCAUCUGGGUGGAGGAGCCUAAGAAACUGAAGGGCAAACACAAGGACAACGAAGCCAUAGAAUUCAGCUACGACCUGGAGAAUGACAGCGCAGAAGAAGUUGCACUGGAGAUGGUAAAAUCUGGUUUUUUCCAUGAGAGUGAUGCUAAAGUGGUGGGCAAGUCCAUCCGCGACAGAGUCACUCUCAUCAAGAGGUCCCGCGAGAGGCGUCAGCAGCAACUGCUGCAGUAUGGUCCUGAGGAAAGGAGAGACUCCUCCACCCUUCCAUCCUGUCAGUGUCCUCACCCCUCCUCUCAGGUUGCUGGAGCAACAGGAGGACAAGGGGACUCUGAAGAGCUGCCAGACAUGGACCAGCACAUCAGACUGCAGCAGAUGCACAGUGUUGCAACCACUGGCCUCACAGAGGGGGAGAGCAUGCCUUCUGUCAGCUGUGAGUCCAUGGCUAGUGGACCAAACCAAGUCUUCUCAACACAGGGGGAGUCUGGGAUGCAUCAAGGGCUCCCAUACACAAAUGUUAAAUCCAGCUAUCACACUGCUACUUCUGCAGUGCAGAGCGUAGGGAGCAUCUCCCACCCACAGAUGCUCCUAGUGGGUCAGAGCGGAGGAGUUCAUAAUGUGCCUGUUGGUCAAAGUAGUGGGAUUCCCAGCAUAGCUCCCGGCCACAUUGGCCAGAGCUUAACUCAGCCUGUUGCCAUGAUGACACAGGUGUCACCAGGGUUACCCCAACAAUACUCACAGCCAUGCCAUACAGAGGGAGAAACUGCCCUAUCUCUCCCUCCAGUUGCCCCCUCACAGCCUUUCCUACCCCCAGUCUCACCCCAGACCCCUGGUAAUGUCCACCUUCCUGCUCCAGUCUCUGUUGGAGAUCCUGGUGAGCUGACCUAUGUGGCCCAGGGAGGGGUAGGAGAUAUCACUCCUCUCCAACAACAUCCCCAGUCAAAUGCCAACCCUUUACAACAACCCGAACUGUUGCACACACCUUUGAUACCACAGCAAACGCAACCUGCUUUAAUCCAUCAGCAAGUUCUGGCACAACAACAGCAGGCACUGAUAGAACAGCACGCAGCCUUACAGCAUCAGACAGAGCAACAGCAAGCUGCUCUGUUACAGCCUCAGCAGCAAGUGGGUCUGACUCAGCAGGCUCAGGCAGAGCAACAGCAACAAAUGGCCUCCUUAUCACAGCAGCCACAGCCGCAACCUGUAGAAUUGCAAGCAGCAACACUGACACAGCAGCCACAAGCUGCAGUUCCGCUACUUGAACAACACACAAGUUCAACACAGCAGCCAUACACAGCUUUGUCACAGCCCCAACAGCAGCAACCUCAAAUACAUUCACAGUCAUUUGAGCAAAUUUAUGUGCAGCAGGCAGAGCAACAGCAAAAGGCUUUAUUACAACAACAAAUGGAGCAACAGCAACAGUCAGCUUUAUUACAGCAACAACAGGCAGAGCAACAGCAACAACAGGUGGAGCAGCAGCAACAACAGCCUUUAUUACAACAACAACAACAGGUAGACCAACAGCAAAAACAGAGUUUAAUGCAGCAACAGCAGGUGGAGCAGCAGCAACAACAGCCUUUAAUACAGCAACAACAACGUGAGCAACGGCAACAAAAAGCUGUAUUACAACAACAACAGAUGGAGCAACAGUUGGUUUUAUUGCAGCAAAAACAGGUAGCGCAGCAACAACAACAAGCUUUAUUAAAACAACAAAUGGAGCAGCAGCAACAACAAGCUUUAUUACAACAGGUGGAGAAGCAACAAGCUUUAUUACAACAACAGAUGGACCAACAGCCGCAACAACCAGCCUUGAUACAACAGCAUCAGAGAGAAAAACAAGAUGCCACAUCACUGCAGCAAUCUGACCAACAAGUUUUGAUCCAGGAGCAACAAAUGGAUCAACAACAGUCAGGUUUCUCACAGCAACAACAAGCAAUGUUAUUACAGCAACCUCAGGCAGUGUUUACACAGCGACAACAAAUUGAGCAGCUACAACAGCAGGUUUUAAUACAGCAACGGGAAGCUUACCUCUUGGCUGAGUCCCAGUUCACCCUCUUGGCUCAAGCCCCUACAGAGGUCACACAGAUCACAGGUCAAAUCCCACGCCAUGCCCAGGCCCUUGCACAGACACCAGACCCACACAAGAGUCAGAUACAACCUCAAAUUCAGGCCCAGGUCCAAAGCCAGGGUCUGGUGCAUGUUCACCCCCAGGGCCAGGUCCCACUACAUCUCCAGUCGCAGGUCUCAAACCAGACUCUGACCCCAAACCAAGCUCAAAAUCAGUUGCAGCCCCAAGUCCAACAGACUCUGAUCCAAGGUCAAAUCCAGCCAUUAACUCAAACUCAUACUCAGUCACUGGCACAGGUCCCACAUCAAAUACAGGAUCCCCAGCACAGCAUGCCCCAAAUACAGGCCCAGGCUGUACCCCAACAGGGCACACCCCAAAUACAAAUUCAAACGAAGACCCAGGCUGUACCCCAACAGGGUGCAUCCCAAAUACAAACUCAAAUACAGGCCCAGGCUAUACCCCAACAGGGUGCGUCCCAAAUACAAACUCAAAUGCAGACCCAGGCUGUACCCCAACAGGGUGCAUCCCAAAUACAAACUCAAAUACAGGCCCAGGCUGUAGCCCAACAGGGCACACCCCAAAUAAAAACUCAAAUGCAGACCCAGGCUGUACCCCAACAGGGUGCAUCCCAAAUACAAGCUCAAAUAAAGGGCCAGACGGUACCCCAACAGGGAACAUCCCAAAUACAAACUCAGGCCCAGGCCCAGGUCCGGGGCAUACAACAGCAGGGUGCAUCCCAAAUACAAACUCAAAUGCAGACCCAGGCUAUACCCCAACAGGUCAUACCCCAAAUACAAACUAACAUUCAGGUCCAGCCUGUACCACAACUGGACAUGCCUCAAAUACAGGCUCAGGCCACACCACCAGUCCCAACUCAACUGCAGGCCCAAGCCACACCCCAUAUUCCUCAAAUACAGGCUCAGUCUCAGCAGGGAAUGCCCCAGAUGCAAACUCAAAUGCAGUCGCAUGCAUCCACUCAGCCUCAGAUUCCAUCUCAGCCAUUGGCCUCAACUCAAUCACUUACUCAGAUACAGCCGCAGGGCCAAGUCCCACUUCAAAUUCAAAUUCAACCCCACGUCCAUUCCCAGUGCCAGGUUCCACUGCAAGGUCAAAUUCAACCUCAAAUACAGCUGCAAUGCCAAGUACCACUCCAAACUCAGACUCAGCCACCAGUUCAAGCCCAAAGAGUGGCCCCCAUUCAUGGCCAGAUCCACUCUCAGAGCAUAGUACAGCCACAUGUUCAAGUACCAGUACAAACUCAACCUCAAGUCCAACCCCAACCUUCAGCUGGCCUACUGCCAACACAGCAUACCCCCUCCUCACUUCCCACACAACAGCUCCUGCAGUCAGUACAAGACCUCAGUCAGAAUUCUCAACAGCAGGCAAUGUUGCAUUAUCAGCAGAGGAUGUUGUCACAACAGCCUCCCAUUUCUGCUGCUACCGCAGCGAUGGGCCCCACCUCCCUGCCGUCUACCCCUCAACACAUGCAGCAGGCCGGACAGACACAGAUUCAGACACAGGGCCAGAUGCCUACACAGACUGUGACACCUACACCACCUGUAGGUACAUCAGGACAACCAGUGAUCCAGACCAUGCAGCUGCCGCAACCCCUGCCACAACAGUAUGAACAGCAGCUGCAUCAGGCUGUGACUCUGCAACAAAAACUGCAGCUUCAAGCUCAAGUUCCUCACGAUCACAUUCAAGUUCCAUGUCAGCCCCACAUUGGCCCUCGUCAGCUGCCUCAUCCAGCUACUCAGACCCAUAUGCUGAAUCAGUUGCCCCAGGUCCAGACUAAAUUUCCCACUCCCCUGUAUAGUCAGGUAGUAGUAGGUCCACCUCUCUCUCCACAGCACCAACUGCAGCAUACUGUGCCUGCACAUACGCACACUCAGACAAGUGCACAUGCGCAGGCACACACUCACACUCAGACACAUCCCCAGUCACAGACACACUGUCAGACACAGACUCAGUCAGAUGUGGCAGGAAAAGCAGAACGGAUGCCAUCCCCUCCUGCUACUUUUCACUCCCCACAGCAACCCCCCAGUCCCUCUCAUAUAUCAUCCUACACCUCUGCCACACUGUCCUCCCUCCCUCCUGCUGCCCCUCUUCCAUUAGAGAUGCAGUUACCCCAGCCAGGGACAACUGAAGCUGUUGCCCCCAUCUCCCCUCCCCCUGUCUCUGCUUUGCAGUCCUCUGGCUCUAACUGCCCCUUGCUGCCCCUGACCUCGUUGCCAGAUUGUGACCCCACCUUGCUGUGCACCACUCAGGAGAGUCAGGACCUUUCCAGCACUGACAGACACUCUUCAUCCAGUUCUGCUCCAGCAAAUGGAGAGGAAUCCCAGCUACCCAUACCCAAUGGAGAGGAAUCUCAGCUGCUCUUAGCCAAUGGGAAGCUGGAGAGGGUUAAAUCGCAGAGGAGGUCCUCCUACCAGAGAGCUGACAAGGGCACACACUUUCAACUGUGUAUGCUCCAGGUGUCCAGCAGUGGAGACAACAUGGUGGAAUGUCAGCUGGAGACCCACAGUAACAAGAUGGUCACCUUCAAAUUUGACGCUGAGGGGGAUGCUCCUGAAGACAUUGCAGACUACAUGGUGGAGGAGGAUUUUGUCUUGGAGUCAGAAAAAGAGAAGUUUGUGGAGGAGCUGAGGGCAAUCGUGAAGAGAGCUCUGGAAAUCCUACAUACCCAGCCACAGACUGGUUCCAUGGAGCAGCUGCAUGUGAGCACUCCUGCAGCACCCAGCAUGGAUUCGGCACCCCAGGCUUCCCCUGUGGGACGCUGGCGAUUCUUCAUCAACCAGACAAUUCGGCACAGAGAUUCCCUUUCCAACCAGGGAGCAUCCACACCUCCUUCUGCUGGAGAGCACCCCACACUGCAGCCGACAGACAAGGACCCUCAGAGAGACAGUGGUGGAUCCCAGCGGUCAGGGUCCUUCAGUGGAGUCAGUGCCUCUGCUAGUGCCUCUCUCCCUGCCUAUGAUAUCCCUGCCUCCACUGUUUCUGCCCCUGCUUCCAUGUCUACCCCAGCCACUGCUGCCCCUGCUCCUGACACUACUACCUCUGACUCUGUUUCUACCCCAGCCUCAUUUCUCUCCAGUGCAAUUACCUCUCUCCCACUUGCCUCAGUCAGUUAUGACUCACCAGCCCAUGCGUCAACAUCUGUUGACCCAUCUUCCGGUUCCACGGUGUCCGUUUCAGCCCAUGACUCCAACACCAAGCUGUCCACUCUUAUCUCUGUGUCUACUUCUGCUUCCACCUCUGCUGUGUGUACAGCUGCCAUCACUUCACUCCCUGUCCCUAGUGUCUGUGCCACUGCCGCCCUAGGUCCAGGAAACACAACCCUUCCAGGGGCGUCUCUGACUGAGAGUGGCCAGGGUGAAUCUCCCUCUUCUCCUGUUCACGCCCCCUCUGCUGUUGCUCACCCUGUGAGCCUCAGUGACCAGGACCAGCUGCGCAUAGCAGGGCAGCUGGAGCAGUCCAAGCAGCUGGUGCAGAAGCAAGAAUACCCACAACAUCUUGCACUUCAGCAGAAAGUAGAGGUACAAUGGACUCAGCCAUCUCUCCCUGACUUACAGCAGACACAGCAAUUAUUACAGCCACAGCAAAAACAACAAUUAUCCUUACAGCAACAUUCAGUGCAGCCUCAACAAAUAUAUCGACAGCUGACCGUACAGUCUCAAAAAAUCCAACAGCCACCUUCUAUACCCCAACAGCCAGUACAGCCUCAACAAAUCCAACAACCACCUUCUAUACCCCAACAGCCAGUACAGCCUCAACAAAUCCAACAGCCACCUUCUAUACCCCAACAGCCAGUACAGCCUCAACAAAUACAACAACCACCUUCUAUACCCCAACAGCCAGUACAGCCUCAACAAAUACAACUGCAACAAACAUCAUUACAACAACAGUCAGUACAGCCUCAACAAAUACUACAACAGGCACUACACCCUCAACUAAUACAGCAACCUCCAGCCCUACAACAACAGAUGCAGGUGGAACACCAACAUGAAUUGCAACAGUCAUUACACAAACUAUAUCGGGAGCAGUUACAACAACAGCAUCUACAGCAGGUAUUACAUCAGUCACUUCAACAGCUACACCUGGAGCAAUUACAACAGCAACAGCCAGAAUUACAGGAGCAUAUACACAGAGAGAAGCUCCAACCUAGUCAAAUUCAGCAAAUGCAACAGCACUCUUUGUUACAACAGCAAAAACCAUUUCAACAAACGCAAACACUUUUACCACAGUCAUUACCGCAACAACCAGGACAGCCACAAAAGCAUGAAAUGCAGCAACAGCUGCAGUCAGUUCAGCAACAAACGGCUCACCUUCAACAACAGUCAGCACAACAGGAAAUGUUUCAACAACACCAAGAGCUAUACCAACAACAGCAGAGCAAACAAAUGCAGCAUGCACAGCAAGAGCUACUGCAACCACCACAUAUGGUGCACCAACAGCCAAUUCUGCAACAGGAACAACAACAGGUGAUUCAGCAGCACCCUCCUCAACAGAUUUCCCUAGAACAGCCACAGCAGCAAGUUUUCCUACAGCAGUCAUCGCAAGUAAAACUGCCUGAAGUAUCACAGCAACAGAUGCUGCAGCAGCCAUUGCAGCAACAAAUUUCACAGCAGCAACUGUUACAGCAAACACAGCAGCAGUUUUCUGAGUCUGAGCUGUCUGCAGGAGAGGUCAGUGUCACAAAAGAGGACACCCUCAGUAUUGCUGCCACCACUGUCCUUUCCUCUGAUGCCCAAGUGCUCCCUCUUUCCCUCUGUGCAUCAGAGACCCCCUUGCCUCCCUUGUCCCAGACCCUAAGCCCUUCCCCUGCUCAGCCUUCCUCUGUGGCAGAAUCUGACAGUGAAGGUCCUCCCAAAAUUGAGUUUGUUGACAACCGCAUCAAAACCCUUGAUGAAAAGCUGAGGAAUUUGUUGUAUCAGGAGUACAGUAGUGGGGCAGUACUGGCAGGGGGUGCUGCUGUAGCCUCCACCGUUGCUCCCGCUUCGGUGUCAGCAGUCUUGACAUCGGCAGGCGGGGAAGAAUCAUUGGAGCCGCACUUGCGUCGUCCCUCCUUCCCUCCUCCUGCUUGCUCCUCCUCCGACACCUCCCCGCACUCCUCCUCCUCCACCUCUUCUUCUACCCCCCGUUCCUCCUCCACCUCCCCUGAUGUGGACAGAGAGCCGACCGGAGAACCGGCGGUGUCAGACGUGGAUCCUUUGUCCCAGAGAGCUGCACCCGGGCUGGCGGAGCAGCAGACCACCCUACCCCUCUCCUCCACUCCCCCCCCUACGUCCCUCCCCGUGCCCUCGCACAGAGACGCGGCUGCACCCCCACCUCCGCCUGCUGAACCCCCAGCCUGUGCUGUCCCCCUUCUCUCCGAAGCCAGCACCCCUGGAGAUGUAGUGUGGCCCCCCUCCGGUCAGCACCCACUCCCCCUCCGGCCUGGACAGCAGCAGCUCAAUGCAGGAGGUGGAUAUUUUGGCCUAAACCUGACAUGUCCUAGUAUCAGAAAUCCUGUUAGCAAGAAAUCCUGGACUCGCAAAUUCAAAAGCUGGGCAUGCAAACUGCGUCACUCCGCCAGCUUGUUCAAGAAGCCCAGAGUCCAGCAAGAAGCAACCACUAGCCAGAAUGUGAAGGAGGAAAACGAGUGCACAGCCCCUCUCCAGUCCCACUCGCGUACUGGCCGAUUCCAGGUGACUCCUGUGGCCCAGCCCUCUGAGAGCUCCCUCACAAAACAGGCAACUGUAGGCCAGGGUAGUGUCCACAGGAAAGUGGGGCGUUUCUCUGUGAGUCACCCCGAGGCACAAGCCGAAGACAGACAGACAGACAGCUCACCUGUGUCCCCGGACUUCGAGGGAGAGAGGAAGAGGGGUAGAGGGAAAGAUGGUGAGAAAGAGGAGAAGAAAAGGACCCCUGCACCACCUCUCCUGACCAGAGUUUCAUCCCCUUCCCCUGACGGCAGCAGUGAUGAUGAUGAUGAUGAAAGUGAGCUUGAGGAUGAAGAGCUUAAGAGAGAGUUGCACAAGCUGAGAGAGAAACACAUCAAAGAAGUGGUCUCCCUGCAGGCACAGCAGAACAGAGAGCUCCAGGAGCUCUACAGACAACUACGCUCUCUCAAGGAGCAGCGCCCACCGCUCCCCCUUCCCCGCACCCCUCCCCUCGUUCCCCCCACAGGCCCGGCCCUCUCUCCUCGCAGGCCCAGGCCCGCCAAAACCAAGGUGCGGCCUCGACCCCAUUCACACAUGGACAAUAACGGAGUUGCACACCCUGGCAUUCAACAGUCGAGCAGUUUCUCAGGUGGAGAGGAGAGCAGACUGCCUCAUUACUGCCCCCUGGAGAACGCCACUGUACUAAGCAUUGAAAGGGGUCCCAGUCCCCUGUCCCAGGGCUCAGCAAACAAAAAGAGCACGUUUACUGACGAAUUGCACAAACUGGUGGAUGAUUGGACAAAAGAGACUGUUGGUCCCACCCCCCCAAAGCCCUCGCUUAAUCAGAUUAAGCAAAUUCAGCAGGUGCAGGAGUUAGGAGGGUGGGGCCAAUCUGCAGAGAAUGCUUCUGCUUGGUUUACACCAGUCCCCCUGAAUCUCCCAGCAGCCCCUGCUCCGGUGCCCCACUCUGCCAUUCCCCCUCCUCAGUACGGGGGUGGAGGAGGAGCAGUGCAGUGGAGCGGGGUGGGGGCAGCAGACACACAACAGCAACAAACUCACAUCUCUCAAGUCCCCCAGCUGCGACAACAACAAAGUUUACAACACAUGCAGCAGUCUCCAUUUAAUUUACAGCAGUUACAGCAGCAACAGCAGAUACAGACUCACUUACUUGCUCAGCCCCAGCCGUUACAGUUACAGACACAGCAGAUACCCCACUUGCCAAGCUUGCCCUCCCACAGCCAAUCCCAGCUGCCCGUAGCCUCUUCGAUUCCCUCAUCCAUGUCUCUGCCCCCUGCCUCUGGCUCAGCUGUACCCCUUGACAGUGGGACGGGAAUUGGGGGUUUUUGUUCCUGCUCUUCUUCCUCUUCCUCCUCAUCCUCUUGUUCUUCGUCUGUUUUGCCCUCCAAUGCCAAACUGCACCCUACACCCCCGCCCUCCACCCUCCCCUUGGGACAGCAGUAAGUGGGAAGGAAUGUGGAAAGAGAGAGUUGGAGAGGAGGGAGAGAGAAACACCGAAGAGGGUCGAGCAGGGUGUAUGUGAAGUGUGUGGUUCAGGGGGAAAGAAGCAGACAAGAGGGGGAUUUAUAGAGAAUGCAAGAGGGAUAGCUGAGACAAACAGCACAUGUGCCGCAUUAAAGAGCUGCAGCAUGCAGAGUGUGUGUGUGUGGGUGCAUGUGCGUGUGUGUGUGUGUG